AGGUGUGCUGCGAAUCAGCAUUGUCCUUUGUGAUGCCCAUUAUCCCUACGCCCUAGAUAACACACUAGCAGUUGAAAUCACAAAUUAGGUUUGGAAGUAUGACAAGUAGAGAACCCCCAUCUUAUCAUGUGUGGCAUCUCGCAAGCGAGAAUUAAAUUUCCAAUGUUCAGAACAAACAGAAAAGUAGUUGUUUAGUUGUUGAAGAACUCCCGCACACAAAUCAUGAUUGCGCAUAGCAACCGUUUCUAUACGGACCAACCUUCACUCGAGACACGUCAUCGUCCGGCAAGUUCCGCGGGUAAAGGGAACAUCCUGACGCCGCCGGUGCGACACGAUUAGUGGAAUCCUUCAGCGUGAGGAACAAGUCUCCGCGGGAAGAAAGCCCGAAGAAGCAACCAUCCAGAAAAAUGCAUUCGGCAAAGAUGAUGUUAGGAAAGUUUGCUUUGCUGCUCCCGCCGGUGUUUUCGUACGUCUACGGGCGCUCAGGAAGAGGCGGUUUGCCGAGUAGAGCUGGCACAUCACGACCUGUUGCAGCUGCACGGGAUGAAAGCCGUCGUUCUGGUGACCGAAGUAGAGCUCUGCAAAGAACAAGAAGAAAAGUACUGGUGAGGACGAAUCGACAUAAAGUUUCCGAGGCGUCAGCAGCGUCGCAAGUCCAAGAAGUGCACGCAACGCACAACCCCUCACCGGGUGAAAGGAUCUUCCCUACAGUUGCCGAAUCCGGGAGGGGAACAUCAAGUAUGCUCGAUGUAGCAAAAGUUGCCGAGCCUGUGCCGGUAACGAACACCAGCGCCGACAACGCUUCGAAUCCAGUGGAUCAACAUUUGCCAGAUCACGGUUUAACCAGCUCCAAUGGCACGUCCGGUUUAUUCUUGAGCAGCACGACGAACGCGACCACCGGUGGACUUCUCUACAAUAUCGACGAAGAGGCUGGUAUAGCCUCCAACAUUCUGGCAGGUCUGAUCAUUCUUAUCGUGGUAGCCCUUCUGUGCUCGAUUCCUUGCAUUGCUGCCAAGCUCGAAGCGCCGCCCACGCCGGAAGGAGGGGGCAAAACAGAUAGUCCCGCAGCAGGUACUAGCACCGACGCUGCGAACACGCAGCCGGCGAACGACGAAAUAAACCCGCCAGGAGGGCCCUUCGGUCAUACUAGCGCUUUAGCAGAAGUACAGCAGCCCUUGUUGCAGAAAAAUGUCGAGGAAUCGAAGAGUGCCACGGGAGCGGGACCGCAAGGAGAUGAAAACAAUACAGGGGAAAAAACAUCUACAGAUAAAGGUGGGUUUUUCGCAAACCUCCUAAAAGCAGACCCGAACAAGGUAUUGAGCAGAGGAGUGCACCCCCGCGAGAACCGCGGCAAAGUGAUUUGUGUGUUCAUCAUUUUGCUGGUAAUCAACAUGUUGGUGAACGUAGACGCGGGAGCGCUUGCCGUGGUCCUGCAAGUGUUGCGGAACGGAUACCAGUCGACCCCCAUGCAGGAGGGUGUUUUGCUUUUUAUCACCUACUUCGGUCUGGCCAUCGCAGCGUACCCGGGCGGCAAACUGCUGCAGAACCACAGUCAGAAGACCGUCCUGACGAUUGGCAUGGCGUGCAACGGGCUGGCCACGUGCGCGCUGGCGGUGUCGCCGUCCGUCUGGACGAUGGUGGCUUCGCGGUUUUUCGUCGGGGGCACGCAGGUGUUCGCGGUGGUGUAUGUGUGCGUGUGGGCGCCGGAGUUUGCGGGCCCGGGGUCGGAGAACAUGUGGCUGAGUCUGGCGUUGAUCUGCGGGCCGGUUGGUUCGCUCCUGGGGUACCAGGCGACCGGACUGCUCCCCGAAACGUACUGGCGGUACCCGCUGGGCUGCUGCGGCGGAAUCAUUCUUUGCACCGCUAUCGCGCUGUCGCGCAUGUCGCACGAGUACAUCGACGAUCCCUGGUCCUCCCCCCGCAUGGCCAAGUGGCGGGAGCUGUACGCGAAGGCGCACGGACAGAAGGUGGACCACCUUCCCAAUAAAGAGGGGGAUUCUACUAGCGGAACAAGGGAACAACAACAAGCAGACGGCAGGGAAGCGGGUCGUUCGGGGCAUGGGCCAUCCGGCGCGGUGGGAGGUACAGGAGACCGUGGAACCACCAAGAAGCUAGCGCAGUCGCAGCCGACGGGUCUGCGCCCCGCCGACGCGCACGGCUCGGUCGGGGAGGACAUCAAGGAGGUCUUGCCGCUAGCUGGCGCGAGGGGUGCGUCUUUUCUGGGUCUGCACUUGCCUGACGCAUGGACCGAACUGACGUCGGCCGCGUCAAUAUCCCACGCGCCGUCCGACCCUCAUGCCAUCAGGUCCCCGACCCAGAAAUCGGCGCGGGAAACGGCAACUGUGAAGACGCCGGCUGGCCAGGAGCAGGAGUUCUUUCCGGUAAAGUUCGUUUCUGGGGUUCCCUCGAGUCCGUCCGCGAGUGACGUAGAGAGUGAUACAGCUCUGCUGAAUAAACAGGCUACGGUAGUCGGAAUAACUGGGAUGAAUCGUGCUGAAAGCAGCGAAACAGGUUCUUCGCAAACCAGUCAUGCUUCUAUGUCAACACGACCUGCUGGCGCGACGUCUUCGAGCUCCAACAAGAGCAAAAAGCGCCCGCUUGCCCCCGAAGGCGAGGCUGGUGACGAUGCUGACAUCAAAUCGGUGGCGCGGGCUUCCGCGGGGCAAAUGAACCCUACGGCUGUGUCCGUCAUCGAUCGCAAAAGCAAAGCGGAUGUCUUAAAGCAAGAAAGACAACAAGGAGCAGCUUCACUAGUCGAGGAAGAUUCACUCGCCCCCGUACAACCGGACAACGGCAACAUCAUGCCAGCGGAGGAUGGCCUCGAGGAGGCCGACGAGUUUGGGGUGUGCGACAUCUUGAAGUCCGGCAUCUUCGUCGGGUGUGUGUGCACGCUUUGCGUGAUGUGGUGCAUCACCAAUGCCAUCCAGUCCUACAUCACGAUUUGGUUUUUGGACGAAUUUUACCCGGUGGACGAGGCGUACGCCGACGGCGAGGCACCGGAGGACCCGGCGGAGCACACGCUGUGGACCCGCGCCACGUGGAAAUCGCACGUGCUGCUGAUCUACACCAUCAUUUUGGUCACGGGCCCCCCGGGGGGCGUGGUGCUGGGCGGCGUCAUUGCGGACAGGAUCGGCUACGUCGGGUUGAUCCACCGCAUCAAGUACCUGUACUUCAUCGUGGCGGACACCGUGAUCGCGGCACUGCUGUGCUUCAUCCUGUCCUGCAGCACGGGCGGCCGACGCGCGACGCAGUUGUACUGGUUCGCGUCCCUCUCCGGCACCAUGGUGUUCUUCGGGGCCAUGCUCGUGCCCGGGCUGGCCGGCAUGUUGUUGACGGUCAUCCCCCACAAAUCUCGGGCCCUCGCCUCCGCGUGCAACAACUUCGCGACGCAGAUGAUCGGUUUCGGGGGCGGCACGCUCGUCCCGGCGCUCGCGGCGUCGCUGGUCACCAUCCCCGAGGGUAGCACGCCGGAGGAGGCCCGGUCCAAGCGCAACUGGGCCAGCAUCGUGGCCACGUUCUGCGUGGUGUGGCUGGGCGUGGUCGCCGUGGUGGCCAUGCUGCUCUCGCAACUGCACCAGCGCAAAAAACGGGUGAACGACUUGCGGGACCGCUUUCUCAUCGUCACCAAAAAGCGGGAAAUCGCAAAACAGGAGGCGGAGUAUCCAAGAAAAAAACUGUGUUAGUGUAACUUUCUUUGGCUGACAGCAUUACAAAUUUGCUCUACAUGACAGAGAAAACCUGUCAUGCGUGGAUUGUAAGGGAAAACACACAGGAAAAGAGGACUUCGUGGCUGUCUGGCAUGACGCGUGUAACUCUGUUGCAUGUUCUGCAUUACAGAGUUACACUCACACAGUUUUUUUCUUGCAUACGGAGGACCGACUGCACGACCACGGCGGGGAGCAGGAGGCGCCGCCGUUGAGCCCGGAGGAGGAGCACCGGCUGAUCGCGGAUCUGCAGAUCGAAAAUAUCAUUUUAGACUACUCCUUGUACGAAAUUAAGAAGUGGAAGUACAUUCCAGACGAGCUGCGGGCGGAGAUCCUGAUGGCAUUGAACCAGUUACAGGAAAUUCGUAGCGAGCUGCUGGCCUUGGGCGUGAAACCGAUCGACACCGGGCUCCACGACCCAGACGAGCAUCUUCAUGGCGAAGAGUCAUCUCACCUCCCGGACGACGCUAUCGCCAACGAAGUAAGGAACUCGGAACUUGUUCUACAAGGUGAGGACGGUGAUCGUACUCCUGGCACACCAGGAGCUGCUGCACGCAGCGUGCGGGGGAAGAAAGUCGUACAGACUGCGACGAAACAGCCGUCAUUUGAUGGUGCUACGACAAAACCAACUUCGAAGCAGGCGGAUGAGGAAGUGGUGUUGGCUGUGCUGGAUGAGGAGUUCUCGCCUUCCGGAGGGAAACAGAAGGGAAGUGGUGGGGCGACAGCGAAGACGAGUGUAGCGAGAUCGUCUGGGACGGCGCAGAAGACCGCUGCUGAGUCAAGAACUUCAGCAGUUUAUUCGAAAGACAAGAAGAAAAAGAAGAAGGACAAAAAAGAGCCGAAAAGUUACUACAAAGUCGUGCCCUCCAGCUCGAAGGGGACGGGUUCGAUGAUGGGCUCCAUGCACAACUCUUCGCAGCUGCAGUCGGUUUCGGAAGACGGCAGCACGAGGGUGAUGCGGGUGCCGAGAAAGGCGCAGCCACUGAGCCACAUCCCGCACGACAACGAGACAGAGUACCAGAAGCAACUGUCGCUCUUGAUCCAGCGCACACACCUAGAUAGCUUUCUCGGGACGAAGACCAACUUAGCCUCGACCCGCCCAGGGCUGCCGCCCGAUCCAGGAUUCGCUUCAGCGACGCACCUGCCUCAGGGUAUGGACGAAUCUAGGGGAGGCAGCAGCAAGAAACGCUCCGUAGAGUCGUCCGCGGAAACUCCCGGGCCAAGCGUGUCAGCCAUGGUGGCGAAGUUGAACCGCGGGCAAAACUCUGACGAUAAAAGCCCCACUGCGAGCUUUGACAUAACGAGGACAGCCGACACGCAAGCUAGUGAAGGGCGCGACCUCAUAUCGCGCGUGCUCGGGAUCUCACUAGAUACCCCGACCCCCCCGGGAAAAACCAAGAACAAACAUUGGCGAACCCUGCGGACCGCACAGAAGCUGGCGAGCAGAACAAGGACGGGGCUCCCGGACGGAGGCAGUGACAAUGACCUGAAGCCCAUUCCGGAGGCUGAAAACGAACGGGAAACCAUUCCGCCAGCACCCGCGCCUGCGGCUGCUAAAUCCCCUCAAAAAAAAUCAAAGUCAUCUGAUGUAAAUGUUUAAAAGGGUCAAUGACCUAUCUUUCCACACCAUCACAAAAAUCCACCAAACCCAUCUAUAAUCAAAUUUUCUACAAGUACAUAAGUAAUUUCAUUUUCAACCCGAGCCACAUACGUACUUAAUAACUAUAAAACAGAUUUGCAUUGUAGGUGUUUACAGACAAAAAUAGACCGAACGUCGCAGUGGCAGUCUGAAGACGAGCCAAUACGAAGAAGACGCCUGCACUAGCCAGAGCUACUGCUUCGGGGUGCCGUCGUUGUCGAGCGAUACUCAUUAAUACCUAGCUGUGAAAAGUUUUACUUUUGAGUUUUGGGUGUGUAGUAGAAGUAGUGGCUUUCUCAACUAGAAAUUCAAAUGAACAACCCCCCUCACAAGCGCAUUCCGAAACCACGAUAAUCCCCUCGCAACUACAAGAUCAAAACAUAACAUUCGAGGAUCUUUAAUUCACCCGCGAGGUGGACCAAAGUCAUGCCCCUUCUCUUUUGAUCGAGGCGCCGG